AUGCGGCCGUUCAAGUCAAACAAGUCGCAGGCCUCCAUUGAAGAUCGAUUGACGAGCUCGCGCGACGGGAGUCCUACGCAGCCAGAACACCAGCACCCCAGCGGCGUCUACGGUGGAGCUCAAUUUGAUCUCGCCCAUCCAGACCGCUACACUCAAGAACAGCCACCGGCCCUGAGUGAUAAUCAAUAUCAAGUCCAAGAUCGUCCGGCCCAUACCCAGCCUCAUCCUGCUCCGCCGUUGUCCCGCAUUCAAAGCGGUCGCACCCCUUCUGUCGGCGAAGUGUAUGGCGCACAACGACCCAGUGUGAAUAUUGUUCCCCUGCCGUCACAACAACCAUCUGUCGUUCCCGAAGGUCCCGCGCCGAUUCCUGGCCAGACCUCCUUUGGCGCAUCGAGACAAGUCCGAACCGAUCGUGACAAAGACCAUAAGCGGUCCAAGCUGAGCUUCAUCACCGGGUUCAUCAAGGACAAGGCGAAAGACGAGGACAAGGAGAGAGAGAAAGAGAAGGAAAACGCUCCCGCUGAGCGUAAAGGUCUUGGUCGAUCGAGCUCUGUACACCUUCUGAGGAAAUCUCAUCCGUCUGAUCCGACGGCGCGAGAGUCAUACUCCACACAAACCUCCCCGGUGUACCAGACACGACAUUCGGUAUAUUAUCCUUCCCCGGAGAUUUCGGUCCCAACUCAGCCAUCCGACCAAUCUCACCACGAACAAUAUCAGAGAACUCCAGGCCAAUUCGACUCACCGCAAAGCCAAUCCACCCAUCAAACGGUUGACUACACGGAAGACGCCCCUCACUUCAAUCCAGAACAGGAGCAAUAUCAGGCCUACCACCAAACCGAGCCCGCUAAUACCUCGGAGCAAUAUCUACCUUAUCAAGGACCGUCUUCUCGACCAAGCAACGUAGAAUCCGAUCCGUAUCAACACCUUCGACCACCUUCACAAGCCUCUCUGGGGCCUCCGUCUCCCAUAGCCAACCCUCCUCACCCUCCAGCUCUUCAAGAAUCUCGUCCCUCCACGGCUGCCACCAACAGGUAUUCGGCUCAGUCGGCCACUCAGGGUCAACAGCCGCCGCACCUGGUCAUGGCAAGAGGCGAGCCACCCAACGGAAGCCUUCGCCAACAGAUUUCACAGCGAGAACCCCGGACCGAAGAACACAACCAGUAUCCCAGCCAACAGGACCCGAGAGUCAGAAUGUCGCAGCAAGCUUCUGAGCAAGGACGGAACACACCUCCCCCCAGAAGCCGAGAGGAUAUCAGCCAGCUGGAUUAUCAUCAGCUCCUGCAACGUCAUGAAGAAUUGCAAGCCAAGUAUUCUAAAGUCAAGCGGUACUAUUUUGAAAGAGAGGCCCAAGUCACUCAGCUGCAGAACACCGUGGCCAACCAACGUCUGUCGAUGUCCAAGACGUCCCUAGAUGAUGCUCAAUACACGGCGAGGUUUGAGCGACUGAGUCAGGCCAUCAACAACCUUUCUUUCAACAUCCGGAAGAAUUGGCGGGCGGUCCCACCAUGGCUCCGCCAUGUGUGCAAUCAGGACGCUCAUACGGUUGGCACGAAAGAGAUGACGGCUGUCGGCCGAGCAUGCAUCACCCGUUGGUUGUUUGAGAGUAUAUUCGAACGCACAUUCCACCCCGGCAUUGAUCCGGGACUCUCGGCACAAUUGAAGAAUGUUGAGAGAAAUCUUCGACGGGGAGGACAAGCCGGCAUGCUGUUGACCGAUGAGCAGCGCGAUGAUCUGAUCACCAAAAUCACCACCUGGCGACUGACGACGAUCGAGGGACUUCAAGACGUCCUCGCCUCGCACCAAGCUGAGCAAUAUACCGAGAACCUCAACAAAAUGUUCACCCACCAACUCACCGAGUCCCUCAAAGCGAACCUGACAGACCCGCCGCCUCCUGGCCUGAGUGAUGGGGUCGGUAUGAUUGUGGUACAAGCUAUUGGCAUUGCGUCCAAUCUUCCCCUCGAGUCUCGCGACAUCUGUAUCGAGUAUUUUAUGCCGGGCACACCCGUAAACGAGACGUAUAUGAAAAUUGAGCCACAAAUGACCCCAUUGACCAACCCGGGGCCGGACGAACGUUUACUCGCGAUGCAGGCAGCUCAGGCCCAAGCGCAAGCACAACAGGCCAUGCAAGAAGCUCCAGAAGGUGACGAAAUGAGCACGGCCAGCACAGAGGAUGGCCCACGCGACCGCGAUGUGGAGGCGGAAAUCCGCGAAGCUGCCGGGAAAGCCGCUUCACAAACGACACAACCAUCUGGCGCGGGAGGGCAGCACGGCCGGUCCGAGGGACUGAGCAACCAGGGGUCGGUCAAGGGAUCAAACGAUAAGCAGUCGAAGAAGUCGAGCUUCUUGGGCGGUCUCGUCGGCAAGAAGCCUCCUCCAGCAUCCCGUUCCGAAAACCGGGUUGGAGGAGAAGGCGGAGCGAAUACGUCGCCGGGCAAUAACGGCGACGACCAACGUGGCAACGUUAGGGAGAGUAUGGCAGUGGAUCCGUCGCAAUUGAUUCCUCCUCCUGGCGCCAAUGAGGGUCGAAUCCGGUUUGCGGCGUUCCUGGCUGUCGAAGUGAGAGGCAAGGGUCCUGGUGCGAAUGCGGCGGCAUCAUCCGGGGGUGGCUCUGGGAAGGAACCCGGAUCUGCCGCAGGAGGGGUACGGGAGAACUCUGUCAAUGUGCUGUUCAAGGCGCCGGUUUAUGAGUAUUAA